GUGAAAGGAAAAAAGAAGAAAAUAAAAGGGCGCAUAAGCUGAAGAACGAAAGGAAUGGCAUCAAUCCUGAGGUCAGUGGCAACGACUACAGCCGUCGUAGCGUCUGCGAUUCCCAUCGCGAUCGCGUUUUCUUCUUCAUCUUCUUCCUCCUCUACCAGCUCUAAAUCACAGUCUCUCAAUUUCUCCUUCCUCUGCCGAGGGUCUCCACGUCGCUUGGGGCUUUCACGAAGCUUCGCUAGCUCUCCCAUGGCGACCGUUCCUGUUUCUGACCGUAAUCUCCAUCAGGAGGAUCGAGUCAUGCCUCAGCUCCUUACCGAGUUUAUGGUGGAUAUGAAAUGUGAGGGUUGUGUUAACGCCGUGAAGAGCAAGUUAAUAACCAUUGAAGGGAUUGAAAACGUGGAGGUGGAUUUGCUUAACCAAGUUGUGAGAAUACUUGGAUCUUCUCCUGUAAUGGCUAUGACCCAAGCUUUGGAGCAAACCGGUCGAAAAGCUCGCUUGAUUGGACAAGGUGUUCCUCAAGAUUUCUUAGUCUCAGCUGCAGUAGCGGAAUUCAAAGGCCCUGACAUUUUCGGGGUGGUAAGAUUUGCUCAGGUCAGUAUGGAGCUUGCAAGAAUCGAAGCCAACUUCACCGGUUUGUCUCCCGGAAACCACAGUUGGUCUAUCAACGAGUAUGGAGAUCUCACAAACGGAGCAGCCAGCACCGGGAACUUGUACAAUCCAUUUCAAGAUCAUAACGGCACAGAGGCAUUGGGUGACCUGGGAACACUAGUGGCAGACCAAAGCGGAGAGGUGUUUUACUCGGGAAAGAAAGAGAAGCUCAAGGUUGUGGAUCUUAUCGGGCGAGCAGUUGUGGUUUACAAGACCGAGGAUAAUAAGUCAGGCCCCGGAUUGACCGCUGCAGUGAUUGCUAGAAGCGCAGGAGUUGGUGAAAACUACAAAAAGCUUUGUACUUGUGAUGGUACUGUCAUUUGGGAAGCUACAAACAGCGAUUUCGUGACUAGUAAGGUAUAAUAAGAAAGAACAAUGAUAAAUUUGAUAGUACAUUACGUAUUGUACCAAUGAAGAUUUGUUAUGGACCAAAAUUUGAGGGUACUGUAUCUUGAAACGACACUCACAGCUUUUUGUAUUGUACCAAAAUCUGUUGUGCACUCGUGUAACGAAUGUACCGUUUAUUACGGCAAAGAGUUAAUGGUUGGGAUUAAGUUCU